AUGGUGCACAGCCACGAAUCACUCGCCACAGUCCGCGUCUACCUGACGGCAUUUGACAACCGUGACAACGUUCGCAACGUCCUCAUCCCCAGAACGUCCAAGUUGGCCGUGGAUCGUCAGAGCAGGCGUUUAGAACCAUGCGGCUUUCGGGUCAAAUAUGACGGGCUUCUAGACAUUCGCCCUUCCGCACUGACGCCGUCGACGCCAUCUUCCGCUCAUGAACAGCGUGAGUCCGCAACGGAUAAGACGACACGUGAGGUGGCCUGUAGUGGAAUGCAUUCCAUGCAUUGUAGUGCGAGUUCGGUGACGGGUGGUCUCUCGCACUUCACCGCGGCCCGCUCCUAG